AUGGCCACUUUUUUUAAACUGCUUUCGACUUGGGUCAUCGCACCAGCAGCCUCUGGUAGUCAACAUGGGUCAUCAACACCAGCAGCCUCUGGCAGUCAACUUGGCCUUGGGUUAUCAACACCAGCAGCCGCUGGUAGUCAACAUGGGUCAUCAACACCAGCAGCCUCUGGCAGUCAACUUGGCCUUGGGUUAUCAACACCAGCAGCCUCUGGCAGUCAACAUGGGUCAUCAACACCAGCAGCCUCUGGCAGUCAACAUGGGUCAUCAACACCAGCAGCCUCUGGCAGUCAACUUGGCCUUGGGUUAUCAACACCAGCAGCCUCUGGUAGUCAACUUGGAUCAUCAACACCAGCAGUCUCUCGCAGUCGACUUCCUACCACUCAAAAUAUCCCUGGACUGCUGCCGAGUUCGCCAACUGCCACUGAUACUGAAGUGCUGCAUGCAUCGAAUGCAUCCACUGUGAGUGUGAGUGAGCCAAUGUCUAUGUCUGAUGAGAAUAAAGAUGAUCACGAGGAUGCCGUUAUCCUGAAUAAUGAGCCGCUGCCCGACAGUAAUUUGAGGAAUCUGCUUGCAGUUCAAGAUUUGGAAUUUUUGCAGAGCCUCGCUUCUGAUCAAGGAAGGGAAUCAGAUAGAAGACAAGCGCAGUUGAAUUUGAGGAUGGCUCGAACACAAAGGAGGAGGAGAGCAGCCGCUCAAGAAGAGAGGAAAGAGCUCCUGUUUAUUGUGUUGAAGGAUCCAGCUCAUCACCAGCUGUGAAGUUAUUUCUUGCUGGGAAAGAACUUUCAAGUUUCGAAGAUAGCCUUACUGAUGUCGGUAUUUCCUCUAAUACGUCAUUGAUGGUGAAGGAUGUUGCAGUCGAUGAUGUGGAUGUGGAAGAAGAUGACUGCUCUGAUGAAGAAGAGGUGGCAGCUGAUAGUGUACAUGAACCAACCGAGAAUGAGAAACAUGCCAGGUGUGGCAAUGACUGAUUUAGCUGCAACUCCGAAAAUGAUCAAUGGAGCUCAAGAUUUUAAUGGGAGCUGGACAAGAGAGAAGGAUCUUUGUCCGCAGGGAUUCAAUUCUAAGUCUUAUGGACUAUCACAGGAAGGAUAGGGACUUGGUUUUUCAUCGUAUUGUAGUGGUGAUAGUGGGAGAGGAGGUGGCUGAAGAUCUAGAUGGUGUCACCAGAGAGAUGUUUACA